GUUUGACGACACAAUUCUAAUAGUUCUGCAACUUCGAUCGACUCUGCGUCUACCGCAAAUUCGGCUACCCGACAAGCAUUGGCAUAUACCCGGCCCUCCUAGAAAGCCACCUGCCGUGCCUGCACGACCUUCGACGCUUCUCAAUUGGCAGCCCUGGGCCACGGCCGACCUGCCCAGCAUGUCCGCUCGACAGGCCGCCUUGUCACUAUACCGUCGUUCGUUGAAGCUGGCGCUCGAUUGGGCGGUCCAUCGACACCUAUGGCGGGGACAGGCGCUGUACAUCCGAUCACUGUUCGAGGCGAACCGAAACAUCACCAAUCCUAAACAACAACGUGCAUUGUUGAAAGAGACGGAAAAACUGCUAGAGAAGUGGAAGCACCCAGAUCCAUAUACCCAUCCAACCGCUCCCGGAGGGUCAAAGUACGAGAGAAAUCUUCCAGCGCCGAUAUUGGAUCCUCCCCCACCACUGAAAUUUUGAAGUCUGGAGUUGCGCAGCAUCAUGCUCUGUACAUAGUUGUUCUAGUAGACCAGAGGUGCAAAUAUUACAGCUUACUCUCGUUCUACCUGAUUUCGACUCGCGCGUGCGCCGCUCAGAGUCAGGCUGUUAUGCAACAUUCAUUCUACAAGGUAUUCAGCAAUCAUGGAGAACUGCGGAAAGCCAAAAACUGGGUAGGAAAAGACAGUGGCAAAAGGCGAAGAGGCGCGAUGUGAUCUUCAAAUAGGUAUUUCUCAUUCGUGACCGUGACCAUGAUGGGAUUAAUGUACAACCCUAACGCGUAAAAAAAGC